CGGCGGGGGCUGGAGCUGCUGGAGCGGCCGGACCGUCCGGCCGCCGGGAGCCAGCGGGAGCCCGCGGGGACCCGGACAGCCCCGGACCCCGCGCGGGGGCUCUGAGCUGCGCGGCGGACCGGAGCCCCCAGCCUGCCGGCGUCGCUGCCCGCCCGGGCCCCGGGAGCGGCGGCCAAGAUGUCUGUGCCGAAUGUGCUGGCCAAAGCCCUCUAUGACAACGUGGCCGAGUCCCCGGAUGAGCUCUCUUUCCGCAAGGGUGACAUCAUGACGGUGCUGGAGCGGGACACACAGGGCCUGGAUGGCUGGUGGCUCUGCUCGCUGCACGGACGCCAAGGCAUCGUGCCUGGGAACCGCCUCAAGAUCCUGGUGGGCAUGCAUGACAAGAAGCCGGCAGGGCCCGGCCCCGGCCCACCCACUGCCUCGGCCCUGCCCCAGCCUGGCCUGCACGUCCCCGCCACCCAGUACACUCCCAUGCUGCCUGCCACGUACCAGCCCCAGCCCGACAGCGUCUACCUGGUACCCACCCCCAGCAAGACUCAGCAAGGCCUCUACCAAGCCCCUGGGCCCAGCCCACAGUUCCAGUCUCCCCCGGCCAAGCAGACAUCCACGUUCUCGAAGCAGAUGCCCCAUCACCCAUUUCCCAGCCCAGCCCCAGACCUUUACCAGGUGCCACCAGGGCCUGGCAGCCCCGCCCAGGACAUUUACCAGGUGCCACCUUCCGCUGGGAUAGGCCAUGACAUCUACCAGGUCCCCCCUUCCAUGGAUGCACGCAGCUGGGAGGGGACGAAGCCACCGGCAAAGGUGGUGGUGCCCACCCGUGUGGGGCAGAGCUAUGUGUUUGAGGCCUCCCAGCCAGAGCAGGAUGAGUACGACAUCCCGCGCCACCUGCUGGCCCCGGGGCCCCAGGACAUCUAUGACGUGCCCCCUGUUCGGGGGCUGCUUCCCAGCCAGUAUGGCCAGGAGGUGUAUGACACGCCCCCCAUGGCUGUCAAGGGUCCCAAUGGCCGGGACCCAUCACUGGAUGUGUAUGACGUGCCCCCCAGUGUGGAGAAGGGCCUGCUGCCAUCCAGCCAUCAUGUGGUGUACGAUGUUCCUCCAUCAGUGAGCAAGGACGUGCCUGAUGGCCCACUGCUGCGUGAGGAAACCUAUGAUGUGCCCCCCGCCUUCACCAAGGCCAAACCCUUUGACCCAACCCGCCACCCGCUGGUCCUUGCUGCUCCCCCUCCAGACUCGCCACCCACUGAGGAUGUGUAUGAUGUGCCGCCCCCUGCUCCUGACCUCUAUGACGUGCCCCCUGGCUUGCGGCGGCCGGGCCCUGGCGCUCUCUACGACGUGCCCCGUGAGCGGGUUCUUCCUCCUGAGGCAGCUGAUGGCAGCAUGGUCGACGACGGUGUGUACGCGGUGCCCCCCCCAGCCGAGCGAGAGGGCCCGGCCGAUGCCAAGCGCCUGUCGGCCUCCAGCACAGGCAGCUCACGCAGCAGCCAGUCAGCCUCCUCCCUGGAGACGGCGGUGCCGGGUCGUGAGCCCCUGGAACUGGAGGUGGCCGUGGAGGCCCUGGCACGGCUGCAGCAGGGCGUGAGCACCACUGUGGCCCACCUCCUGGACCUGGCAGGUAGUGCCGGCGGGUGUGGGGGCUGGCGCAGCACCGCCGAGCCUCAGGAGCCCCCAGUACAGGACCUGCGGGCUGCAGUGACUGCUGUCCAGGGGGCCGUCCACGAGCUGCUGGAGUUUGCCCGCAGCGCUGUGGGCAACGCUGCUCAUACUUCUGACCGCACACUGCAUGCCAAGCUUAGCCGGCAACUGCAGAAGAUGGAGGAUGUGUACCAGACACUGGUGGCCCAUGGUCAGGCCCUCGACAGUGGCCGUGGAGGCCCAGUGGCCACUCUUGAAGACCUAGAUCGCCUGGUGGCCUGCUCAAGGGCUGUGCCUGAGGACGCCAAGCAGCUGGCCUCCUUCUUGCAUGGCAAUGCCUCACUGCUCUUCAGACGGACCAAGGCCCCUGUCCCAGGGCCUGAGGGGGGCGGCCUCCUGCACCCCAACCCCAUCGACAAGGCCAGCAGCAUCCAGUCCCGGCCCCUGCCCUCACCUCCCAAGUUCACCUCCCAGGACUCACCGGACGGGCAGUACGAGAACAGUGAGGGGGGCUGGAUGGAGGAUUACGACUACGUCCACCUGCAGGGAAAGGAAGAGUUUGAGAAGACCCAGAAGGAGCUUCUGGAAAAGGGCAACAUCAUGCGGCAGGGGAAGGGCCAGCUGGAGCUGCAGCAGCUGAAGCAGUUUGAACGACUGGAGCAGGAGGUGUCACGGCCCAUAGACCACGACCUGGCCAACUGGAUGCCAGCCCAGCCCCUGGCCCCAGGGCGGACGGGCGGCCUGGGGCCCUCAGACCGGCAGCUGCUGCUCUUCUACCUGGAGCAGUGUGAGGCCAACCUGACCACGCUGACCAACGCAGUGGACGCCUUCUUCACCGCCGUGGCCACCAACCAGCCACCCAAGAUCUUUGUGGCACACAGCAAGUUUGUCAUCCUCAGCGCCCACAAGCUGGUGUUCAUUGGGGACACGCUGUCGCGGCAGGCCAAGGCGGCUGACGUGCGCAGCCAGGUGACCCACUACAGCAACCUGCUGUGCGACCUUCUCCGUGGCAUCGUGGCCACCACCAAGGCCGCCGCCCUGCAGUACCCAUCUCCCGCCGCUGCCCAGGACAUGGUGGACAGGGUCAAGGAGCUGGGCCAUAGCACCCAGCAGUUCCGCCGCGUCCUGGGCCAACUGGCAGCCGCCUGAGUCCAGAUGACCAGAGCGAUGGAGGACGGGAGGAGGGCAGUGAUGGUCCGAGCUGCCCCAGGCACCUGUCCCAAGAGAGUCGCCGUGCCAUGGGCAUGGGACAGGCAACCUCAGUUCUGCCUGGGCCUGGUGCCCCAGACUGUCCAGGGAUUUGUACAUAUUUAUGAUGGGGCAGGAUGUGGGAUGGUGCCUCCUCAGAGGAGCCCAAGCAGAGCUGGGCCCCAGUAGCUGAGACUGGGCUGGUGGUCUUCCCUGAGUGCGCUGCAGGCCCAGGGAGGGUCCCAGUGCCGGGGACCGGGCCAGGGGCACACAGGCCCCUCAACCACACAGCCUCAGGUGACUCCUGGGGCUGACCUCAGCCCCGGAGGGUGCCUUGUCCCCCCGACAGGGCAAGUGCAGCUGUGGCCUGUUCCUUCUCUGCACCCGGAGAAAACCCUAAAAAACUAUUUUUCAUUAUUGAUUUUCCAAUCAUUUGACUAAUAGUCUACAUUUAAAUAAAAUUUUAAAAAUGAAAAGCA